UAACGGCCGCUGAUUGCAGCGACAUCUAGCGCUGGAGGGACGGAAGUGCACCUGAAUAGGGUUACCUCAGCAGUGGUAUCGGACGAUCCCCCAAGGCCACUAUAAGUCCCCAGCCCGCCCCUGCAUGUGACCCCCAUCCAUGGCAGAAGUUUACAUAUAAAGCGCAGCGAAGACAGGACCCACAUAGCGGGAAACAAGCAUCGGAGAGCAGAGAACAGGACCCUGCGUUCAAACGUGUAAUCACGGCUACACAUCAAACAUGCUUGGAGGGGUUCUUUUUGCCGUUGCAGCUUACUUUAUAGCAAAUGCAUCAUCUGAGAUUUUAUUUGCCGAAUGUCCAGAUGCAUACACUCAUUUCUGUUUCCACGGUACAUGCCGGUUCUUGGUAGCAGAAUGGACAGCUUCUUGCAUAUGUUUCAAAGGUUACAUUGGCAGUAGAUGCCAGAAAAUGGACUUGUUGCAAGUGAUGGCUGGUGACCCUCGCUCCGUUUUGGUGGUGGCCCUAACACUGCUGGGCAGCACAUGCCUUGUUAUAUAUUUAUAUAGGAGAAAGGCACAGAGCAAGUUGACACUUCUGAAGAAUAUUGAUGCUCAUGAUGUAUAGACCUGAGAGAGGAGACUUCCGCUAAACAUGUCAGUGAACAA